UGUGCUAAAGUAAGAUAAGAUUUGUUUUUAAAUGUUCAAAAUCACCUUCACUAUUACUACAGCAAUAUGCCUCCAUCAUCAGACCACAACUACAUUGGCAGAACUAAUUCAAUCCAGUAAUAACACAGAAGAUCACAAUUCAUCCAUUUUAAAAUCAUGUAUAGCAAGCCGCCAUGGCACAAUCCAGAGAUUACGUUGGAGACUUCCUGUCAGAAUUCAAGGAGCAGAUAAUUACAAGAGCGACUCGGGUCAGCGACAUUGCUGAGGAUGUUAUCUCCCAAAGUCUGAUUCAUGAUGUGGCAGCUCAACAAGUGCAGGCUGCUCCAAGCAAACAGGAGGCAAUGCGGCUCCUGUUUAAGGCUUUGGAAAGACAGCCACCCCUAAACAGAGUGUCCUUCCAUCUCAUCCUGAGAAUGACAGAGCCUGAACUGAUUCAAGAACUAGAAUGGAGACUACGUAACAGCAAGCACACACAAACAGAGAGAAGCAGUCCUCCCAGAGAAAAAAUAAAACAGGAUGACAAGAAUGGGCAUACAAGUGAAAUCCAGAAGAGAAAAGAUUUUCGAAAAAAGCGUAGACUGAAAACAAUGCGUGCCAUUGAGCAGAUCGGGAAAUUCUGGGAAGGAACUAAGCAAGAAAGGACGGAGAUAGACAACAUGAGGCAGAUGAUUCAGCAACAGCAAGAUGAGAUAGCCAGGAUGACCACAGAAAAAAGACAAUUUGAGAGAACUAUUACUCACAUGAAAGCCAAGAUGGACCACAUCUGUGAAAGAAUGGAUCGGAAUAAAGAAGAGGUAAAUGGAGAGAGAGAGAGGAUUGAGCAGAUGAGGUCUGACCUCCAAACUGAGCAAACCACCCUGGAGCAAAAGAGUGUUGAAAUCAUGAGAGAGAGAGAGAACUUGGAGAUGAUCAGAUAUGAGACUCUGAGACAGAAGGAGGAGCUGGAGAGCAACUGUGAAAGCAAAAAGUAUGAGAUGGAACGAAUGGAACAAAUGAAAAGUGCCAUACAAGUUCAGAUCAAUGAGAUGGAGAUGAAGAUUGAGGAAACACAGAAAACAAAGUGUCAGAUGGAGCAGAUAAGAGCUGAAAUAGAGGAGGAAAAAGCAGAGUUGGAAAGAAAGAAGGACGACAUCAAGAGGCAAAGAGACCAGUUUGAACAGAUUAAAACUGAGAUACAGCAAGUUAAGAUGGAAAUGGAACAAAGGUGGCAUGAAACAGAGAAAGAAGGGCUGGAACGGGCAGCUUUAAUUCAGAAAGAGAAAGAUGAGCUGAAGUACCUGCAAGAUGAGAUACAAAGAGCAAGAGAAGAGGUUGAAAGAAACAGAGCAUUUUCAAAACAAGAGAAUGAGAGAAUAAACCAGCUGAGAGCUCAAACACUUACAGAAAACAACCUCAUUGAAAAGAAAUGGCAAGAUGUCUUUAGAAAAGAAAAAGAUCUGGAAGAGAUGAAGCAUGAAAUUGAGAGAGGUCGAGAGGAGCUGAUGAUGAAUGAAGAGCUGGUCAAAAAGGAAUGGGAAAAAAUCGAACAGGCCAAAGUGAACGUUCACAAUCACAAGACAUCUAUGGAUGCCAGAGUUGAGGACAUAAAAACAGAAAACUACAUACAGAAAGCUAAAGAAGAAAUGGAGAAGAAGAGGUAUGAGAUAGUGACAGAGGAGUUAGAGCACAGAGCUCGACUGCAGAGGGAGAGAGACGAGCUGGAGAGUGUAAGAGCAGAGGUACAAAGGGCUAAUGAUAUGGAGAAAGCAAAGAUACUGAAAGAGAAGGAAGAAAGCAUUAAUAUAAGAAAAGAAGCCAGACAAGAAAGAGAAAUGACAGAACUGAUCAAAGCAGAGAUCAAGGCUGAAAAAGACAGCUUGAACCAAAGACAAGAGGAGAUGCUGAGGGACAGACAACAGCUAGAAAGAAUUAAACAUGAGAUGGACAGAGCCAAAGAGGAGAUCGAGAAAAGCAAAGAAGUCGCAAUCCGGGAAAAUGAGAAAAUUGAAAAAAUGAAGGCUGAAAUUCAAGAACAAAUUGAAGAUAUUGAGAAGAAGGAUAGUCUUGAAAAAAUGAGGGUUCAGGCAGAAGAAGACAAACGUGCAGCUGUCAAACAGAUUGAUGAGGCUAAAGCAAAGAAAGAAGAGCUGACAAAAAUGGUAGAAAAUAUGGAGAAAGAUCGAGGGGAGAUUAAUAACAGCAGAGAACAGGCUAAUCAAGAAGCAGAUGAAAUCAAAAGGAUGAGAAAUGAGCUACAAAGACAGCAGGCAGAAAUAGAGCACAGGAUUAGAGUGGCAAAACAAGAAAAAGAGGAGGCAAACCAUGCCAUACUUGCAGUCCAAGAGGCUCAGAUGCUCUUAAAAAAGCAAAUGGAAGAGUCUGAAAAAAGGCGGUAUGAAGCCAUAACAGAGGCAUUAGAGCAAAGGGAUGAAAUACACAAAAAAACAGAGGAGUUAGAACAAAUAAAUGAAGAAAUACAAAGAGCCAGGCAUGAGCUAGAAAAGUUGAGGCAUUCUGAAAAAGAAAGCAGAGAGCAGAAAAUGUUAGAGGACACACAGCAAGAGAGAGAGUUUGUUGAGCCAAUGAAAAUAGCUGUGCUUAAGGACAAGGAAGAUCAGGAAAAGUCUUUAGCUGAGAUAGAGAAGGAGAGAGAGGAGCUCAAACAGAUUAGAGUUCAGGUCCAGAACGAGAAGAAAGAUCUAGAAAAACGAAGGUAUGAGAUGAUGAGAUAUGACAUAGAACAGAGUGCUCAGGUGCAGAGACAAAGAGAAGAACUUGAGAAGAUCAAGACUCAGUUAGUUAUUGACACAGAGACCAUGAACAGAAGCAAAGAAUUAGUGCAACAAGACAGAGAGAAAGUCGAGUGUAUUAUGAUUGAGAUCCAGAAACAAAGAGAGGAAGUGAAUAAAAGGUUAGAGGAGACAAAACGACGGGAGGACGCUUUGAGGAAGAUGACAGAGGACAUGGAGCAUGAGAGAGAAGACCUGGAGAAGAUUCGUGUGGAAACGCUGAGAGGGAAAGACACUUAUGAAGAGGUCAAGGAUGAGAUUAACAGAGUGAGAGUGGAGAUAAAGAGGUUGUGGGAUGAGGCUGAAAAGGGAGAGCUGGAGGAACGAGAGAGAUUAAACAGGGAGAAGGAUGAGACGAUGAGGAAGAUAGAAGCUAUGAAGAAGGAGCUGGGUGAGAUUGAAGACACAAAGGCAAGGUUGGAAAUCACUAAACUUGAAAAGAUGAAAGCAGACCUCCAAAAACAGAAAGAAGAUAUUGAAAUCCAGAUGAUGGAAGCAAAGUGUGAGAGAUACCAGAUGGAACUGAUGAGGACUGAGAUCUUAAAACAAAAAGAGGAUGUUGAAAGCAAAAUGGAGCUAGCAAAAGCAGAAAUGGACAAAAUGCAGCUUGUCAAAGAAGAAAUACAAAGACAAAGAGAAGAGCUUGAUGAAAGGAUGCAGAAAACCAAACGAGAGAUUGGAGAAAUGGAGCUGAUGAAGAGAGAAAUGGAAGGGAAGAAGAAAGAACUGGAGAAAAGGAUGAAAUUGACCAUGAGGAAGAAGGACGAGAUGGAACGACUGAAGAUGGAGAUACAAAGAGCAAAAGAUGAGAUGGAACGUAAAAGAGUGGAGACAGAGAGGCAGAAGUAUGAAAUGGAGCAAGUUAAAGCUGAAAUCCAAAGAGCGAGAGAGGAGAUUGAAUUUAGGAUGGAGGAGAGAGAUUUAGAAGAAGAGAAAGGACAGAUGAACCUCACUAUAAUCAACCUUAUCCAACAGAUUGAGGUGACAAGAGAAAUGGUGCGAAAAGCAAAAUUCCAGAUUGAAAACCAAAUGGCAGGAAGUCAGAUGGAGACAACAGACCAAGAAGAGAUGAAUGCCGAAAUGCAGAGGCUCAUUCUGGAGGUUGAACACAUCCGUGAAAUGCUGCGAGGUCUUAAGGGUGAGGUGGAACACAACAAGGAAAUGAUGAAGAGAGACAGGGAUGAGAUGAAGCUGCUGAAGAAUGAAGUUCAACGAAGGAGAAGAGAGAUUGAAUACAGAGAAGAAAAGAUUAUGAGGGAACGGGACGAACUAGUACUCAUGAGAAAUAUGUUGCAGCGGCAAAGAGAGGAACUGGAGGAGAGGCUGGAGGAGACCAUUAAAGAGAAUGAUAAGGUGGAGCAAAUGAGAGAAGAUGUGAAAAAAUGCUUUGGAGGACAUAGAAGAGGCCAAAAAAGAGAUAAAGAGAGAGAAAGAACUCAUUGCUCAAGAAAGGACAGGAAAAGAAAAGAAGACUUACUUGCACAAAAAAGUACAAUUGAGAGACAACUAGCAGAAAUAAAAAUGAGCAAGAAUGAAUUUUCACUGAAAGAAGUCGCACUGCAAACUGCAACAAAAAAUGCAGCAGACAUGGAGUUGCAAUUAGAACGGCGAAAACAGGAGCUAGAACACACAAAAGAUGAGCUGGAAAGGACAAAGCUAGAAAUACAGAAAGGAUGGGAUGACCUGCAGGCUGAGAUUACAGAAAGCAGGGAAAAAGAAGACAUGAUAAGAACAGAAUUAGAAAAAGCAAGAGAUGUCCUAAAUCACAUUAGACAGGAUAUAGAAAAACAAAAACAAACCAUGGAGGAUGAUCUAAAAGACACUUUCGCUAGGGAACUAGAAGACAUAGGAGCUCAGCAAAAAAGCAUAGAGGAUGAAAAGAGAACAUUAGAGAACAUGAAAUAUGAGCUGGAAAAGGAGUCUAGUGAUAUUGAAAGGUUAAAACAAAAUGUGCAAAAAGAAAGACAGAAUAUGGAGAAAAGGGCAGAGCAGCUUCAAAAAGAGAGAGAGGAACUAGAAAAGAAAAUGUGUGAUAUUCAACAAAUACAAGCACAGAUUGUGAGAGAAAAUAAAGAUCUAGAGAACCUGAGAGAGGAGAAUGAGCAAACAUUGAAAAAUAUCAAAAUGGAGAGAGAGACCCUUGAGAAAAUUAAUGAACUCUUUUUACAACAAAAAUGUGAUUUUGAGAAUGAAAAGGAAGAAGUAAAGAAAAGAGAAAAUGAACUACAGCAAAUGCAGGUUGAUCUUAACAGACAACAAAAAGACAUGCAUGAUAUUCAGAAUAUAGUUUUCAUGCAAAAAAGUCAACUUCAGAAAAGUCAAGAGGAAAUAGCUGAAAAGCUAAAACAGGUGGAUAACAUCAUGCAGUUUACACAAAGUGAAAAAGACAGUCUUGACAGAGAGAGGGCGGCUAUAAAGGAGCAGAAGCAGCAGAUGGACAGAAACAUGACAGAUGCAUUAAACAGAGAACUAGAAACUGUGGAGCUUCUGAAACAAGAGCUACUAAAUGAGAAGCGACUUAUUGAGGACUGCAGAAUAGCUUUAAUGAGAGAGAUAGAAGAUCUGCAGCAAAAGAAAACCAAUUUGGGGAUACAAGCAGAGGAGAUAAAAUUACAAAGACAAAGUAUUGCAGAAGAGAAAAACAUGUUGGUACAGACUGAAUCUGUGCUGCAAAGAGUAACUGAAGACACUGAGAAGCUAAGACAAGAUACACAAGCUGAACGACAGAAACUUAAAAACACUGCUAUGCAACUUCAGAAAGAGAGAGAUGGCAUUGUGAGUCUUGCAGAGGAGACAAAAAGAAAGAGGGAGGACCUGGACAAAAAGCAAACUGACAUAGAAAAGCAGGAAAAAGCAUCUGAGAUAUUGAAGGCCAUGAAGGCUAGUCUGCAAAAAGAAGCCAGUGUCAUUGAAAAUUUAAGACAAGCUGUUCAAAAUGACAUACAAAACGUUAAAGAUAUGGAAGCCAAAAUUCACACAGAAAGACAAUGCACUGACAGUUUAGUUGAAGAGACGGAGAAGAGGUCAAAAGCUCUAGAUGAGCUACGCAUGGAGAUUGAAAAAGAAAAGCAAUGUGUUGAGUCUGAGAGAGAUGUGCUAGAACAGGAAAAGUUUAAACUCAGAGAACUCAACGAUGAAUUUGCUCAGCAAAAAGAAAAGAACAGUAUUAUACUGACAGAGAUCCAGAAAGAACGAGACAGUCUUAAGCAGCUGAUUGAAACCAUCUCAAAUCAAGGUGCAUCAAAUAUGAAAAUGUGGAGGCUCCUAAAGAAAAAUAUAACUGAACAAAAAGAAGUAUUUAAAAGCCACAUGAAAUCACUGGAAAUCGAUAAGGAAGACUUAGAGAAAGACAAAGCCAAACUGCACAAAGAAUUUGAAAACUUGCAGUUUCACAGGCAAUCUUUUGAAAAAGAGAUACAGCAGGUGAGAGCUAAGCUUCAGAAAGAGACUGACAAUAUUGAGAGAAUAAAGAAAGAGGUGGUGGCUGAAAAGCAAAGUAUAAAAGAUAUGGCAGCUCAAAUUGAACAUGAGGGAAAUGACAGAAAAGAAGCUCUGGAGAGGAUGCGUCUUGAGCUAGAAAAACAAAAGCAAACAAAUGAAACUGAAAAAGAUAUACUAGAAAACCAGAAAUCUGAAGUGGAAAGAAGCAAAACAGAGAUGGCUAGAGCAGAAGAAGAUCUUGCUGAAAAGAUAAAAAUGAAUGAUAUUGAUCGGAUAGAGAUAGAGAAGCAAACAAAUUCCCUUGAGCAAAUGAAGUUGAACAUCUCACAAGCGGAACGUGAUAUAAACAAGCCAAGGACAGUUUAAAACAUCAAGAAAAUGAACUGAAUAUACGUACCUCACAACUUUAUGCACAACAAAAAGAAAUAGAAGCGAUACAGGAUAUUAUCAUGAAAGAGAAGAGUCAGCUUAAUGAAAAGCAGGCUGAAAUAGAAAAUCAAAAGCGAGAACUGGAGAAUAUGAUGGACAGACUUGAGAAAGAGA